UUGAUCCGCCGUGGACUCGCACAGUUUACACUGGCGCUCCGCUGGUGAUCACCUAUGCUGCGAUUGAAUUUGUACUUUUCGGACCAGAGCUAAAAAUGGAUGAUACUCCUCUCGAUAGCAUUAGCCUGCUCUCGUUAUGCUGAGACUGCUCAAUGCUGAGCUCCAUUGAGAAUAGGUUUAAAGGGGUUGAAUGCCUUCUGCUGAGGCAGGGCAUCUACCGACCACUCUUUACAUGCCCUCUGGCGCGGCCCGCUGGCCUUUGUGUCACCCAACAAUGAUGGCAGUGGAGCACCACAGCCAGGGAGAGAUCAUUGUUCAGUUCAGCCAAUGGGAGCGCAACAAAUAGACGUUUAUGUGAUGUGUGAGUUUCUGUGCAUAUGUGUGUGUGUGUGUAUGUGCAUGGUAAUGCAAAGGUGAAUGCAUGUGGAGUCUUUCACACCAAGCUUUUGCAUCUGCUCUGUGACGAAGGGGAGGGGGACGUCACACAAAGAGAGAGCCAAUCAGACAUUAGCUGUUUGGAUUUAUGCCAGGGUUUUUAGGCUUGUAAGACUUUGGUACAAGUGGCAAAAGCCAGUUUUUAAAAAAAAAAAAAGCCAGCUGAGACGAGAUGCCCUAUACACCGUCUGGCUUUUUCUGUGACCGGUUGAUCCGGGAACGAGAGAGGAGAGACGGGGAAGGGUCUCUGAACAAGCCCCUCCGCUUCAACGGCCAGGACUUCAACCUCCUGAGACAGGAGUGCCUUCAGAGGAAGAGCCUGUUUGAGGAUGACUCUUUCCCGGCCACUGUGGAGUCUUUGGGCUUCAAGGAGCUCGGACACAAGUCCAACAAGGUCAAGAACAUCGUCUGGAAGAGGCCCAAGGAAAUCUGUGAGAACCCUCAGUUCAUUGUUGGAGGAGCCAGUAGGACAGACAUCUGCCAGGGAGAUCUCGGCGACUGCUGGUUGCUGGCCGCCAUCGCCUGUCUCACCUUGAAUGAGAAGCUUCUGUACCGGGUUGUUCCCCAGGAGCAAAGCUUCUCAGAGGGAUACGGCGGCAUCUUCCACUUCCAGUUCUGGCGCUAUGGCGACUGGGUCGAUGUCGUCAUUGACGACCGUAUCCCGACCUUCAACAACCAGCUGGUCUUCACGAAGUCCGCUGAGAGGAACGAGUUCUGGAGCGCCCUGCUGGAGAAGGCCUAUGCCAAGCUGCACGGCUCCUACGAGGCCCUGAAGGGUGGAAACACCACCGAGGCCAUGGAGGAUUUCACCGGGGGAGUCACUGAGUUCUACGAGAUGAAGGAAGCUCCCAAAGAGCUCUAUAAGAUCAUGAAGAAGGCUCUGGAGAGAGGCUCCCUCAUGGGCUGCUCCAUCGACUCGCUGGUUCCUGCUCGCUUUGAGACUCGCACCGUGACGGGACUCGUGAAGGGUCACGCCUACUCCGUGACGGCAGUGGAGGAGUGCAGACCGUCUCAGCACAAGGAAGCUAAGGUCCGUCUGGUGCGUCUCAGGAACCCGUGGGGUCAAGUGGAAUGGAACGGUCCCUGGAGUGACAACUCUAAGGAGUGGGCCACGCUCUCUAAGGCUGAAAAGGAGAAGUUGCAGCACCAGAGUGCCGAAGAUGGAGAGUUCUGGAUGUCGUUCGAGGACUUCAAGAAGAACUACACCAAGAUUGAGAUCUGUAACCUCACCCCGGACGCCCUGGAGGACGACAAGAUUCACAAGUGGACGGUUUCUGUGAACGAGGGUCGCUGGGUGAGGGGCUGCUCUGCCGGGGGCUGCAGGAACUACCCAGACACUUUCUGGACCAACCCUCAGUACCGCCUGCGUCUGCUGGAGGAGGACGACGAUCCCGAGGACAACGAGGUGGGCUGCACCUUCGUCGUGGCUCUGAUGCAGAAGAACAGGCGGAAAGAGCGCAAGAUGGGAGCCAACCUCUUCACCAUCGGAUUCGCCAUCUACGAGGUGCCAAAGGAGAUGCACGGGAACAAGCAGCACAUGCAGAAGGACUUCUUCCUGUUCAGCUCCUCCAAGGCUCGUUGCAAGUCCUACAUCAACCUGCGCGAGGUGACCCAGCGCUUCCGCCUGAGCCCCGGGGAGUACGUCAUCGUUCCCUCCACGUACGAGCCGCACCAGGAGGGAGAGUUCAUCCUGCGAGUGUUCUCUGAGAAGAGGAACACCUCAGAGGAGAUAGAGAACAGGAUCGAGGCCGAUCACCCAGUGCCGGCGCCGGCCUCAGCGGGGGAAGAGAGCGAGGAGGACCAGCAGUUCAGGACUAUUUUUCAGGAGAUAGCCGGCGAUGACAUGGAAAUCACAGCCAACGAACUGAAGAACGUUCUCAACAGAGUGAUCACCAAACAUAAGGACCUGAACACAGAGGGCUUCAGCCUGGAGAGCUGCAGGAGCAUGAUUGCUCUGAUGGACGUAUCCUUUAUGGACGGGACAGGUAGACUCAACCUUCAGGAGUUCAGACAUCUGUGGAAUAAGAUCAAACAGUGGCAGGGAAUCUUUAAGCACUAUAACGCCGACCAGUCCGGCAGCAUCAACAGUUACGAGAUGAGGAACGCUGUCAAUGAUGCAGGCUUCCGUCUCAACAACCAGCUGUACGACAUCAUCACCAUGCGCUACGCCAACGAGAACAUGAACAUCGACUUCGACAGCUUCAUCAGCUGCCUGGUUCGGCUCGAAGCCAUGUUCAGGGCGUUCCAGGCCUUUGAUCAGGAUGGAGACGGUACAAUCAGACUCAGUGUCCUGGAGUGGCUCCAGUUGACCAUGUACGCCUAGAAAGGCCCAUCUUCUCCCAGGUGAGCUCCACUCCACACGAGGACCAGACCUGCCAGCCUUUACCUCAAUAUUCAGUGUGCCCGAUCGAUCGUCGUUAGCUCUCAUCCACCUCACCUCCAACAACUCUGCUCUUUCUCCACCGGCGUGUCCGACAUGCUUCUUCACUUCCUCUUCCUAGUUCCCUCUAUUUAGCUCUCAGGACUUCUGAAUUCCUUCUCUGCUCUCGUCCUUCCAUCAUCAUUGAAAUAUCAGUCUCCUUUCAGCCAUUAGCCUCUUUUUUUUUUUUUUUUUUAAAGAAACCCUUACGUAAAACACCUGUACGGUACUUUUCUCAGGCAUCAAACACACAUAACCUCUUUUUUCUGUCACAAUACCUCACAGAGCUCCUUCUACCACCCCUUAUGUUAUCUUCUGUUAUCACACUGAGCAGCAAGGGCGUUCUUCCUGUGUUCAUCCCAGUGAACUGGGCUCUCUGGUGGACAGCCAAUAAACUUGUGAAUCACUCCUGCACCUGUUAUAUUUCUGAUAAUACAACCAACACUUUCUACAGGACUCCCAGGCCUCCCGAGCAAAUAUCACUCUGCCUCCACCCUGUUUUUAAUCACUUAUUUCUGUGAAUAAAACUCUCCCGCUGGAAUUUUUGUGGGCCUCAAGAAUCAGUCACGUCACCCCGCCAGCGACCGUGCUGCUCCAGUCUGAUGGAUAGCGCUCCCUGGUGGACAAACUCAGGCUUCUUUUGUUCAUCUCAGCUCUGCCAGUCUUUCAGCCCUUCAUGUGGAUGGAUGAGAUUCAAGAACAAAACCGUGGAGCUGACGAGUUUUUACUUCAACAUCGACGUUCAAGGUUCGAAUAUGGCUUUGAAGGAAUAUGGCUGAUGGGUUGGACUGCAGCUUUUUUGUGGGUUUUUCCUAUUAAGGCUUUGGUCAAAUGAGUGUACUGCAUUUUUAACCAUUUUAACCAAAUAAAUAAAUGUGUA